UCUAAUUUUGUUGACCUAUAAGAAAAUGCCGGCCAGACGAAGCGAGCGGAUUCGGGCUCGUCGGGAAGCAAGUGAUGCACCAGCAGCUAGAAAUGAAACCAAUUCGCGCCUUGCAAUUAGACUGCCACGGAUGCGCCCUCCAAAUGCCCCAGCUAGAGUAUCUCGGGUGCUGAGAGCUCUUUCGGUUCCUUCUGGUGCUCCUGCUGGUGCGCCUCCGCGGAAUCGUGCCAGGGCUCCUCCACGUGCCACUCGUCGUGCUCCGCAACGUGCUUCUCCUCGUGCUCCUCCUCCUCCUCCCCCUCCUGCCGAUUUACCCACAAAUUUAGAGGUCGAGAUGGUCGUAUUAAACAGUGUGCCAAUGUCCUUGCCCGCGACCGUAGUGCCCACUCGAGGAGACCCCAUAGCCACCGCCAGACUGCAGAAGGAGUUCAUGGGGUUCGCCAAGGAGGCCACAGAGGGAUGCAAGGUGGAGCUUGUGGACGAUAACAUCUUCCACUGGAUAGCCACUAUUCCAGGUCCGCCGGAUACGCCGUACGAGGGAGGAUUUUUCAAACUGGACCUGGUCUUCCCCACCAACUAUCCAUUCCAGCCACCCCAUGUGGAGUUCCUGACCAGGAUCUUCCACUGCAACAUCACGAAGCUCGGCUACAUUUGCCUGGACAUUCUCAGGGAGAACUGGUCGCCGGCACUGUCGGUGUCCAAGGUCCUCCUCUCCAUAAUGUCCCUGCUGGCCGAUCCGAACCCAAGCGAUCCCCUGGAGCCCGAUAUCGCCGACCUCUACAACUGGGAUCUCACACAACACAAUGAGAAUGCUCGCAAGUGGACCAAUCAAUAUGCCAAGCCGUAAGGGAGCGAAUUCGAAUUCAAAAUGGUUUUUUCAAAGAUGUUUAUUGAAUGUUUUUGUGCCAGCACUUUUUGGUGUAUUUAAAACGGUUUAUACGACGACACUAAAAUACAUACGAUAGCGAUAUACAUAUAGAGUACAUGGAAUUACGGCUACUUAACCCACCUAUGUUCCAAAUUCUGAUUAAACAUAUAUUGUAGAUCUAGUAUCCUAUAUGCAAAGGAAUAAAUUUAUACAUGUUAA